AUGAUCGGCGAUGGCCAAGAAGAGAUCAAACACAAAGGAGUUGUUAUCGACAUAAACCAGUCACGGCCGUCUCUAAUCAUGUUGUCCCAUUUGGUCCACUCUAUCCCAUGUGGGGAACACCUCAUCCAGCCAGCAUCCAGACAUGGCUCGCAAGGUUACUACCCUUGGCAACCAACUGAAACUUGGCAUUGGAAGCCCUAUCCAGGGGUGCAACCUGAUGCAUGGGGUUGCCGUGUUAUGCCCAUACCUCAGGGAAAUUACUCGACAUUCACUCAAAAUAUGCAGAAUGCAAAUGGAUUUCAUUUGUCUAGCACCAUGGACAAGAGUAGUGGCAUGCCUCAACGUUCUUCAGAGGAAGUAAUUGACGAGGUGAUGAAAGAAGCGAUAAACAAGCCAUGGUUACCCUUACCUUUAGGCCUCAAGCCGCCUUCUACUGAUAGUGUGCUAGCUGAGCUCUCUAGACAAGGCAUCUCCACCAUCCUCCUCACAUCAACGGCUCUACUUCCUGAUGACGUGGCUCUAGAUUACUCGGUCCCACCAUUAUGCUGCUAA